AUGCCGGAUGAAAGCACACAAAGCCGAAACGAUGCACUCUCGCUAACGACACUGCUGUCGGAAGAUCCGACUGCUGCAGCAUUGCAACCGGGCCACACCGAUGCAUCACUGCAGCCACUGUCAGAGCACAACCCGUCCCCGUCUUUGCCAGCUGCCCCCGGUACAGAUGGAAGACGGCGGCGCCGGUUGGGCAGAAAGCGUAAGCGUCGACCGCUGCAGGAUGACUACUGGCCAUCGGCCAUACCGGAGGAUAAUGACACCGAAUCGAACGGUUUCUCCCCCUCAACCGCAACUGCGGGCCAAGUGUCCGAUCGAAAGCGUCUACCGUACGCUGGUGCUGCGGCCUCUCGCUGGGAGGAAACGGCCCAAAAGCUCACCCCCGGUAGGCAGGCGCUUCGAGCGAAUGGAAACCAUUGGAUGCACAAUCCUUACACGGAUGCGAUAAACGUAGACCAACCGCCAGCAACGGUAAGAAGGCUUCCAGGUGGACAGUCCAGUGCGGCAGCAACGGCCGGAAAUUUGUCACCUAUUGAUCCGAAUAGGUCUCGACGAAUUGCCGGCGGGCGCCCAACGGAACAGUCACCGACCAAUGGCAAAGCGUACCGGAAGCCAUACUCACAGGCACGCCGAACCGUCGAGGAACCGUACGCAUCCGGCGACGGUGGUUCGAGUGAAGCGGGAAAGGUUCCGACAUCGGCCACCGAUCUAAAGGCGUUGCUAAAACAAUCCGAUGGGCUUAGCCUUAGUGAGAUAUUGCAGCAGCGUAACAUUUCUCUGCAGGAUCUUAUCAAGGGCAAGCAGAUGGCACUGGCCGCCCUCACGCAGAGCCCGCUCGAGGCAACCACCAUGGCAACGAUGGGAGACGAACUGUCCACGACCCUUUCGCCAACGCUUUCGAGCGUACGGUUUCGGGUGCACGAUGACAGCAGUACCGUGCGUCCAGAGGCUUCCGGAGAUAUCACCAGCGUAACGACAUCGGCCACGACCACAAUGCUACCGGCUAACGACUUGCUAACGACGUCCGGCUUUAAUGGCGGUCCUCUACCGAGCGCACUGGAGGAUGAAUCGAACAAUGCGGUCGGUGACGAUAUUGUCCACGGUGGUGUGGGAAGCAUUUUUCCGACGGUCGAAAUCAAACAGCUCGCCCUCAACCCGAUACUUCCCGUGCACAAGGAAGAGCAACGUGUCCGCCCGAUAAAGGGUGUCGCCUCUCGGAUACGGCCCGACCUAAGCAACACACACAUCCGGACCGAACCGGGUCAGGCAGCACAGGUGCGGCAAGGUAUCGCGACCACAACCACCGGCAGUCCAACGAUUGUUCCAACGAACCCUUCUUCGCUACUGCUGAUGACAUCGACCACGAGGGAAAAGUGGACACCGUCUGCCGCACUGGUCGGACAGCGUCAAAAGUUUCAAACCACCGGCACAAAGCACGUCCACUCCGGAAGGUACGGUUACGGUACGACAUUACCCUCCGGGUUUAGCUCAACCGGUGCGGAGAGUGAUAGUUCUGCUCCGCUAACGCUGACGACAACGCUGGUUGGCACGACGACCGAACCACCGUCGGCUAAACGGCUCAUAGGACUUAAACUUAGUUCAGCCGAAGCUACCUCCAUCCUGCCGGAAGCGGAAGCAAUGGUGGAGUUAUCGCCCGACCGUCAUCUACACCAGCAUCUGCUUCGCGUUCCGAAACUUAAGCCCAGAAUCGCCAUCAAACCGAAGCUAACGAACGUUGUCCCACCGACGUUACCUGCAGAAACAUCAUCUUCCUCCACAGUGCCACCGACAUCAUUACCGCCGACCAAGGCUGGCACAGAAAAGGAUCGCUUUAAUCUGUCCGAUGUUGAGCUGGGUGAUGAUAGUACCGGUGAGGGAUCCAUCCCCACGUCCAGCAGCAGUAGCAGCAGCAGCAGUGGCAAGCAGGGUCGCCAGCAACGGUUGAACGAUGAUUUGGAUGAAAGUGACGAGCCAGGUUUGAACAUUAUCGAAAAGUUUACCUCGUUUGCGGAUUCGGCGGUACCAGCGACACAGGAAGAGCGCGACUCGGAACAGGCAGCGGUGGCCGAUUUAAUUGGACGAAUAAGCGAACACACCCAGCGUUCGUUUACCGACAGCUUGGAGGAUUUAUAUCGUGACGUUACCGAAAGCAAUCCAUCAUUGUUCAAUGAUCUCUCCCCAAUUGCUAGCGCUGACGAUCGACGAGAACUCCUCGAACUGAUGGAGGAUCGCCGGAUUGGAUCGCGCCUGGCUAAGGUGCUGUCCCAGCGUAACAUGACACUAGAGCAGCUGCUAGAGCAUCGACGUCGCGGUUCCAGCCAGCUACAUCUAGCGGAAAUUGCUAACGGUAAAGUAAAACCGAUCGAUGACAAGAUCGAUAUUGUGACAGCGUUCGAGCACUUUCCACGCUUCAACAUUGGCAACCUACGCAGUAUCCGGCCCGACGACAUAAAGCUCGACUCGCAAGGUUUCAGCUACUUCACCUCCAUCAUCAACAUCCGGCCGUCGGAUGAGGCGUACAAGGAGGCACGUGCCCUGCAGGACCGGCAUCGCCCAAGGCGCCCAUCAGCGUCCGCAAAUCAUCGUGGUGAGACGCAUUUUUUAGUGAAGGGCGGAUCGAAGGAUAGGCUGCUCGUGCCUUCGAGAAUGUCCGCCGGUACCGAACAUGCGUACGGCAGCAACAGCGAAAACUAUGACCACCAGGCCGACGACCCGAACGUGGUGGGUGAUCUCCUCGAUCUGGAACUCUCCGGUCACGGGUUUCAACAUCACCGCAGCGCAUCGGUAACGAUCGAAAGUACCUCGAUGCCGGUCGGUGUACGAUCGGCCAUCGUUGCCAGUUCCGCGAUCGUUGGUGUUUCGCUCGUGAUCUUUAUAGCCAUAUUUGUGGCCUGCCGGUUACGGCAACGACGUCGCCAAAAGCUUAACUACACCGAAAACUUCAACAUGGCCAAGGGUCGGUUGCCCAUUCUUCAUGGAAGUGAUCAGGAAACGACGGCCCGCAAGAGCUGUUCACCAUCGGUAUCUGGACGCUCGAGCAGUUUGGGUGAACAGGUUGUGUUUACCACACAUCGAGCAUUGGCCGGAACAACGGGAAGUGGAACGUCGGGAAAUGGUGCAACGGGAACGUCAACGACCGCGACAGGAAGACAGCGAGCCGCCAUGAUGGAUCCGAAUUCAGUCGAGGUGCAGGAUUAUCUUUGGGAUCGAAAACCGUUCCAGUAA